AACUUUUUCGGAUAAACCUCACUUUUAAGAGAGGGUUUAUCGUUUAACACCAAGGAAGUCAAGUUCUCACUGCAUCUACAAAUCUGCACUUGUUUUGAACUGAUUUGUGCUAUUUAGCAAGUGAAGCACAUAGGAGUGUAAGCUGUUAACAAGCAUGGCAAGCUUGUUGACAACAUCAGCCAUCACCUAUUAUUCUCCUGUCAGCAAUGGUUCCAGGGGUUUCAGAAAGUCAGGUACUUUUUCUAAAGGACGGUGUACUAUAAAAGCAAUGAGGAUAGAGAAAUCCUUGGAGGAAUUGUACAAUGUAAAGGUAGAAAGAAAAGUUUCUGCUGAGAGGCUAGCUGAGCUUGGAGUUUCAAGAUGGUCAGUGUGGAAGACUGGAAAAAGCAGGUUGCCCUGGGACUGGCAGGUAGACCAACUAGUGUAUAUAGAAGAAGGUGAAGUUAGAGUUGUGCCUGAAGGGAGCAAGAGGUUCAUGCAAUUUGUGGCAGGUGACUUGGUCCGGUACCCAAAGUGGUUUGAGGCUGACCUCUGGUUCAAUGGUCCAUAUCAAGAACGCUAUAGUUUCCGUGCAUAUGGUGAUGACCAUUGAUGAUGCUGCACGAUGGCCAGUUUGGCCACAUAAAGUAACAAGCAUAUCAUAUUUGGAUGUUUUAAGUAGUAGGUGUGUUUUAUAUUUUUCCAGUUUUAAAUGUAUUACCAAUAUAGUUGGUGAAUUCUUGUGAUAUUUUGCCAUCAUUUAAAAGGAAAUGGGUGUCCUAAAUGCUUUUGUUGUAGAUUUUCAUGUUUUGUCUCUCCGCUUGGCAAGAUUUUCGAUGAGUUU